AUGACCGCUAAACAAAGAAAAUUUUUAAGUGUUGGUGAAAAAAUUGAAAUUAUCGACACUGCCGAGAAGUUUAAAUUAAGCAUUCGGCAACUCUCAGAAAAAUUCGCCGUUAGUAAAACGCAAGUUGCCGAAAUUUUAAAGAAGAAAAAUGACAUUCGGCGGAAUUUAGCAGAAAACGGAAACCUAGAACGAAAAAAGGCAUUUUCUAGGAGAAAAACUGCUGAUCUGGACAAAAUAACGUAUGAGUGGUUUACGAAAGUGCAACAGGAAAAUAUUCGUAUUUCUGGACGCAUUCUAAAAGAAAAGGCUUUGGAAGUGGCGACACAAUUAGAAAUUCCGUCAUUUAAAGCUUCAAAUGGUUGGCUUGAAAAAUUUUGUCAGCGGUGGAAGAUCACGUUUAAACCAAUUUCUGGUGAAGCCGGACAAGUGGAAAUUAAAGAUGUGACUCAGUGGAAAGAAAAAUUGAAAAAACUGAUUGCUGGAUAUUCUGAAGAAGAUAUUUUCAACGCGCAAGAAACAGGUCUAUUUUUUAGGGCACUACCAGAAAAAACUUUGUCUCUCAAGGGUGAAAAAUGCACUGAUGGCAAAUCUUCCAAAGAACGUCUCACCAUCCUCUUUUGCACUAGUAUGACCGGGGAAAAAAUGAAUCCAGUGGUGAUUGGGCAAUCAAAAAAUCCAAGAUGUUUCAAGGGGUCACAUUUCGAAAAGUUGCCGUUAGAGUGGUAUUUUAAUCACAAAUCGUGGAUGACCAGGGCCAUCAUGAGUGACUGGUUAACAACAUUUGACAGAAAAAUGCAAAGAGCAAAUCGUAAAGUUCUGUUAUUUCUAGAUAAUGCUACAUGGCAUGCCACAACUGUUGAAUUACAAAAUAAGACACCCAACAAGUAG